AUGUCUGCCAACAACGCCAGCAACCCCGCAAACGGGCCUGUAGUGAUUUCCCCGAAACCCAACCCAAACAUCAUAGACAGAGCACGGAGAUUUGUUACAGAUACGGUCAAUCUUAUUCUGAGAUUUUAUUUCGGGAUCCUUCUACUGAUUUACUUCUGGCUCGUCAAGAUCGUUACCAGAGCCCUUCAGCCAUUGGAGCCCAUCCUCAAACAGAUGUACAAAGUGCCCGCUGAAGAUGUCAGCGCAGAAGGCAUCCGCAACCAGUUGACCCGGCUGCUGUGCACAGUUCUCCUGCUUUUGGCCCCUCUUGUUAAUCAAAUCAUUGUCUUUGUGACCCGGCCUUUAAUCUGGGCCAGAAACAAGAUCAUUGAGUAUGUUGAGGAAGGAGAGAAGGAUGCCCUGAGACAGACUAACCCUAAAGAUAGUUAA